UGAUGAUGAUGAUGAUGAAGAUGAAGAUGAAGAUGAUGCAGUCUGAAUUGGCAGCUGAGAGGAGAGACGUGUGUGAGGCAACACGUGCCUGGGGGGUUGGGGUCAGACCUGGGGGCCACCACAGGAAGCUGUUUUAAUUGCUACUGGACCAUUGUGAACAGUUCAGAUUCAUCGUCGCUGUGCGUCUUUACGCACUGAUCUCCACGCGACUCUCUCUCUCUCUCUCCCCCUCUCCCUCUCCCUCCCUCUCUUUGCCCCCUUCCCCCUCCCUCUCCCACUCUCUUUGACUCUCUCUCGCAUCCCGCAGUUGCCUCACCUGCACAGUGGAGGACGCGGUGCAGUUCCUCAGCGGACACUUUGUCGAGCGCCACGCAGUGCGCUCCCACCAUGGGGGGAGAGUCCGACAGCGUAGCUCACAGUAACAGCCGGAUCUAAACUCCACUCCAGCCGGUCAUUCUUCUGUGACUCUGAGGCCACCUCUUGACAGCAGCGGAGAAGAGCAGACACCCGCACCCGCACCCGCACCCCCUCAGUCUUCACAUGGACCGAGUGCCCUCGGCACUGGCAGCAAAAAUGCGCCUGAUCGCUCUAGUGUUUGCCGGUUUGACUCUCUGGGGCAAAGUGACUAUUUGUGAGUGUAUCGACUACAAAGCGGCAGAGUUCGAUUAUGACGACGAAGACAGAGCGGAGACCAUUGACUACAAAGACCCCUGCAAAGCUGCUGUGUUCUGGGGAGACAUCGCUUUAGACGAAGAGGACCUGAGAAUGUUCCAGAUCAACAGGACCACAGACCUCACACGGCACACACACAUUCACACAAACUCCAGACGAGGCCACAUGUCAGGUGGCCUUGAUGAACAUGAGCUUGUAAAGAAGAAAGGUUCCUUGUACCUGCUGCUGGACAGAAUACACAGAUUUGGUUUAGAUUUUCUCCCUCAGGUUAGUAAAGCAGAUGCCAGUCCUCAGAGCCAAAAAGGUGUAGUGACGGGGACUGUCCUGAAGAGGCGUGUUCCUCGAGCAGCCACGUCCCGAUCUGAGAGGAUUUGGCCUGGAGGAGUCAUUCCCUAUGUCAUUGGAGGAAACUUCACUGUGAGUCAGAGGGCCAUGUUCAAGCAGGCCAUGCGUCAUUGGGAGAAACAGACGUGUGUCACAUUCAUUGAGAAAAGCGAUGAGGAGAGUUACAUAGUGUUCACCUACAGACCCUGUGGGUGUUGUUCCUAUGUGGGUCGUCGUGGCAACGGGCCCCAGGCCAUCUCCAUUGGUAAAAACUGUGACAAGUUUGGCAUUGUGGUCCACGAACUGGGCCACGUCAUUGGCUUCUGGCAUGAGCACACGAGGCCUGACCGUGAUGAUCAUGUGACCAUCAUCCGUGAUAACAUCCAACCAGGCCAAGAGUAUAACUUCCUGAAGAUGGAACCAGGAGAAGUCAACUCUCUUGGAGAGCCGUACGAUUUUGACAGCAUCAUGCACUACGCCAGGAACACCUUCUCCCGAGGGAUGUUCCUGGACACCAUCCUUCCAUCCAAGGAUGUAAACGGGGUCCGACCUGCCAUAGGCCAACGGAGCAGACUCAGUAAAGGAGACGUUGCUCAGGCCAGGAAGCUGUAUAGAUGUCCAGCAUGUGGAGAGACGCUCCAAGAAUCAGUGGGUAACUUCUCGUCUCCUGGUUACCCCAACGGUUACCCCUCGUACACACACUGUGUCUGGAGGAUCUCUGUCACACCUGGAGAAAAGAUUGUUCUGAACUUCAGCACCAUGGACCUGUACAAGAGCAGCCUGUGCUGGUACGACUACAUGGAGGUCAGAGAUGGAUACUGGAGGAAGGCUCCGCUGCUGGGCAGGUUUUGCGGAGAUAAACUUCCUGACGUGUUGAUUUCCACUGACAGCAGAAUGUGGAUCGAGUUCCGCAGCAGCAGUAACUGGGUGGGGAAGGGCUUCGCUGCCAAUUAUGAAGCCAUCUGCGGCGGUGACAUCACCAAGGACUCAGGUCAGAUCCAGUCUCCAAACUAUCCCGACGACUACAGACCCUCCAAAGAGUGUGUGUGGAUGAUUUCUGUGUCCGAGGGCUACAACGUGGGACUCAACUUCCAGGCCUUCGAGAUCGAGAGGCACGACAGCUGUGCAUACGACUACCUGGAGGUUCGCGAUGGCCCACUAGAAACAAGUCCCCUGAUUGGUCGCUUCUGUGGCUAUGACAAACCGGAGGACGUGCGCUCCACGUCUCACACACUCUGGAUGAAGUUCGUCUCAGACGGGACGGUAAACAAGGCAGGUUUUGCUGCAAACUUCUUCAAAGAGGAGGAUGAAUGUGCCAAGCCGGACAACGGUGGAUGUGAACAGAGGUGUGUAAACACGCUUGGCAGCUUCAAGUGCGCUUGUGACCCUGGCUAUGAGCUGGCUGCUGACAAGAAGAGCUGUGAAGCUGCGUGUGGUGGACUUCUCUCUAAGCUGAAUGGGACCAUCAGCACUCCUGGUUGGCCCAAAGAAUAUCCACCCAACAAGAACUGUGUGUGGCAGGUGGUGGCCCCCGCUCACUAUCGCAUCUCCCUGCAGUUUGAGGACUUUGAGCUGGAGGGAAACGAGGUGUGUAAGUACGACUACGUGGAGGUGCGCAGCGGCCUCUCAUCUGACUCCAAACUUCACGGUAAAUACUGUGGCAACGAGAUUCCCGAGGUCAUCACCUCCCAGUUUAACAACAUGAGAAUAGAGUUCAAGUCCGACAACACCGUCUCCAAGAAAGGCUUCAAGGCUCGCUUCUUCUCAGACAAAGAUGAGUGCAGCGAGGACAACGGCGGCUGCCAGCACGAGUGCAUCAACACGGUGGGCUCGUAUGUGUGUCAGUGUCGUCACGGCUUUGUGCUGCAUGAGAACAAACAUGACUGUAAGGAAGCUGAGUGUGAGCAUAAGCUCCACAGCCCCACUGGGACCCUGAGCAGCCCAAACUGGCCGGACAAGUAUCCCAGUCGUAAGGAGUGCACGUGGGACAUCACAGCCACCCCGGGUCACAGGGUGAAGAUUUCGUUCACUGAGUUUCAGAUGGAGCAGCAUCAGGAGUGUGCCUACGACCACCUGGAGGCCUUCGACGGGGACACGGACACUGCAGCCAUCCUGGCUCGACUGUGUGGCAGUAAAAUUCCACAACCACUGAUUUCCACUGGGAACAAGAUGUAUCUGCGCUUCAUCUCUGAUGCCUCGGUUCAAAGAAAGGGUUUUCAGGCCACACACUCCACAGAGUGUGGAGGUCGUCUAAAAGCAGAUGCUCGGCAGAAGAACCUCUUCUCCCACUCCCAGUUUGGAGACAACAAUUACCCGGGUCACAUUGACUGUGAGUGGCUGCUAACGGUAGAACGAGGCUACGGCAUCGAGCUGAGCUUCGUCACGUUCGAGGUGGAGGAGGAAGCUGACUGUGGUUAUGACUACAUUGAACUUUUCAAUGGUUAUGAUACCAAGUCACAUCGACUGGGCCGCUUCUGUGGUUCAGGGCCUCGAGAGGAUAUUUACUCACCCGGAGACUCCAUGUUGAUCCACUUCCAUAGCGAUGACACAAUCAGCAAGAAGGGCUUCCACAUCCAUUACACCAGCACCAAGUUUCAGGAGAGCCUUCACACCAGGAAAUGACCUCUGACCUCUGUAUGACUCUGACACACUUAAUCCUGACCUGUUGACAUGGCAAUGAAAAAAAGUACAGCAUGUCCCUUAAUCUGGGAUGGACAGGCAGUGGUGGAUGUGGGCCAGACACCAGAGGAAGAACAUUCACCAACAUGGGUUCCUCUGCGUGGCUCCACCAGGGGGUAGUAAUAACCACAAAAGAAAGACAUACGUGAUAGGUUUCUGCAGAUAUGAAGAAAUGUGAUAAGGCCUGGGCCCACUUUACUGCUCUUCAACGUUGUACUUUGUGCAGUGGAAGCUAAAACAACAAAAGUUCCAGACCAGUUUACUGAGACACUAAUGGAUGCACGAUGACAGAUAAGAACCACAUAAACACAGUAUAUAAUGAAAUGCUGCUACGAUGGACUGGAGUGAAACAAGAAAAUACAUCAUGGAGACAUUGUUGACUCCUGAAUCCUGGCUCCUUCAACUGUGCAGACUUAAUGUGACCACGUGGCUGCUUUUACCUUACUGUAACUGAGCGAAAACAUGACAGACGUUUUUAUGACUUUUGACAUCUGGGGACUGGACCCAGCUCCGAGAGGCUAGAGAAGAAUCUUGUUUCUUUUUUUGUCAUGUCUUACAGUCAAUCUGUGUUUUUGUAUGUGUGUGAGUGCUCAGAGAUGAGUAAAUAUAAAUGUAUAUUUAUAUAUAUGUAUUUAUAUAUGUAUAUAUAUUUGUAUAUAUAUACUGUAUAUGUGUAUAUGUAUAUAUAUAUACAUAUAUACAUAUAUGUAUAUAUGUGUGUAUAUAUAUAUUAAAUGUGAAUGAAAAUGUUACCAAAAUGUCAGUUCAAGGCCUUGUUUUGUUUAGUGCAUGUGAAUGCCAUUUUUCUGAUGAUUUUUCACAUUUGACACCAACAAUUGUAUCGUGGCAAUUAACUCCUAGUGGACAGGAACAUUUACUACAGUCUCUUUGACUCAAUUCUGAAGGGAAGACUCCAGUGGUGCUAAAAUAAGAAGACACUGAAUGACAGAAUAAUAAAAAGCACCAGUCCUACAACAUUGCCUUAGAAACAAGUGUAUACUAUGGGAUGUCACUCUCACACUCAUUUUGUAACAUCCUAACAAGCAUGGUGGGACGUGACUGGUGCAUGUGUAAAACACAUUGUUUUAUGCAUUAUUUUCCCAUUUAGCAUUUGAACAGAUCAUUGUAACAUUACAGCCUACAGGACAUGUAGGUGUAUCAGGUGCAUACAAAAUUCUAUCUCUAAAAUUGACUUGUUAAAAGUAUGUGUGUAACAGCAAAUUGUGAAGGACAUGUAGGUGUGUGUGUAUAAACUGCAUGUUUUUGUGUUGAUUCCUACCUU